AUGGAGAGAGGAGACAGUAGCCAGGCCAAGGGCAGUGUGUGCUCUCAGGACUGGGAGCUGGAUGGGGAACUGCCAGCACAGAAAGCAGCAGGCACUGGGAGCCCAGACUCGGGGCAGAGGGUGGGCUGUAGCCCACACCGAGAGGCAGCUCCCUGCCCACACAAGGCAGUAGCAUUCCUGCAGAAAGCUCCGGGCUCGUGUGAGCAGAUCCUGGCAGCAGAGCAGGAACUGGCAGCUGGCAGUAACACCUUCAUGCACCGUCAGAUCAGUGCCAUGCUUCAGCCUGGGGUCAACAAGUUUUCCCUUCGCAUGUUUGGCAGCCACAAGGCGGUGGAGAUCGAGCAGGAGAGGGUCAAGUCUGCUGGAUUCUGGAUCAUUCACCCCUACAGUGACUUCAGGUUUUACUGGGAUCUUGCUAUGCUGCUGCUGAUGGUGGGAAACCUGAUCAUCCUGCCAGUCGGCAUCACCUUCUUCAAAGACGAGAACACCCCCCCAUGGAUCGUCUUCAAUGUGGUGUCUGACACCUUCUUCCUGAUUGACCUGGUGCUGAAUUUCCGAACGGGUAUUGUGGUAGAGGACAACACUGAGAUCAUCCUCGACCCUCACACCAUCAAGAUGAAAUACUUGAAGAGCUGGUUUCUGGUCGACUUUGUCUCCUCCAUCCCAGUCGACUACGUCUUCCUGAUCGUGGACCUGGAGACCAGGGUAGAUUCGGAAGUCUACAAGACUGCCAGGGCGUUGCGCAUUGUACGUUUCGCCAAAAUCCUCAGCCUCUUGCGCCUCCUGCGACUGUCCCGUCUCAUUCGCUACAUCCAUCAGUGGGAGGAAAUUUUCCACAUGACCUAUGAUCUUGCGAGCGCUGUGGUGAGGAUAGUGAAUCUAAUUGGAAUGAUGCUGUUGCUGUGUCACUGGGACGGCUGUCUGCAAUUCCUCGUCCCAAUGCUCCAGGACUUCCCAGAAGAUUGCUGGGUCUCCAUUAACCACAUGCAGGAGUGGGAGAGGAGAGAUAAGGUACUGCACCACCAGCACUGGCUUCCGGGCAGGGUAACAGCUUGGGUGAAAGAACGAUAA